CUUGUAAGAGAAGGAUUACCAGUUGUUGAGAUACAAUGGCAAUGCAAGAACAACUUUUGUCUCAAAUCAACUGUUAAUAUAAACGCAACAAUGUACAAAUCUCUUAGUAGGUGUAUACUCUUAUGUAUGGGUCCUCAAUUAUGGCCGCAUCCUAUCGGCUAUACGCAAUACAGCAAAGAAAUUGUGGCCCUUAGCACUAUGAACUUAGAGUACAAAUUCCAAUCAGUACCCUCCGAAGUCGUACACAAUUAUUUAGCCGGUGCAUUCAAAUUGUUCCUAAAGAAUGUAUUCAAAUUAGAAAAAGAUCGAAAGAAACCGAACAAUAGUACUGAGUUAAUCGAUCUACCAAUCAGAAAGAUCAGUAUAGAAAUAGACGUAGAAAAUGAUCCGGAUCCUAGAUUAAGAUUGGAUACUGACGAAUCUUAUACUAUACAAAUUAACACAAUCGGAAAUCGGGUGCUGUUUAAAGUGUCAGGUUAUUCGUUUUGUGGAGUGAGACAUGGUUUAGAAACAGCAAGUCAAUUAAUACUACUAGAUCAAGACACUGGUUACCUAAUAACACUGUCUAAUGUAACAAUUAAAGACAGACCGUGUUAUAAAUACAGAGGUCUAAUGAUAGAUACUGGACGGAACUAUAUCACUGUGUCAAAUAUCAUGAGAAUUCUAGAUGGUAUGGCUAGUUGUAAAUUAAACACAUUCCAUUGGAGAAUUUCUAGUGAAACUAGCUUUCCAUUGUACCUGACUAAACUACCUUAUCUAUCUGAUUACGGUGCUUACGACAGAUCGAUGAUUUAUACUAAAAUUGAUGUGAAAAGUAUUGUAAGGAAAGCAGCUUUACGAGGUAUUAGAGUACUUAUAGAGGUUGCUGCGCCUGGACCUGUUGGUAGAGCGUGGUCAUGGUUCCCUCAAUCAACAUGCCCUCUUAAAACAAAUAAUUAUACAUGUCAGAAUAUACUAUGUACUAGAUUACUUAUGGAUAAAGCAGUAUUUGAUACUUUACAAAUACUUUAUACGGAGAUUAUAGAAAUGACAGGAGUUAACGAUGUGUUUCAUCUCAGCGACGGAAUGUUCUCUAUUACAAAUUGCUAUGAACUAAUCAGUGAUAGAAAUGGUUUUCUAAACAAUGCCUUAGAUCGUUUGAAACUUGCUAAUAAAGGUAAUCUACCCAAGUUGCCUAUAGUAUGGUUUACGCCACAUUUAAUGAAGGAUUCAGAGGCCAAGAUCUGGGAGAGGAUGGGAGUGCAGCUUACGGAUUGGGAACCUAAUCCUGGAGAACAUUAUUUAGGUAAAUUCAGAGUGAUACAUUCAACUAAUUGGGAUCUAUCAUGCAAGAUUGUAAAACAAAGAUGUGUUAAAUACAGAUCUUGGCAGGAAAUGUAUUCUUGGAAGAUGUGGCGUAACGUUGAAUCAUUCUGUACAGAAGGAGGCGAAGCAAUACUUUGGACUGAUCUUGUUAAUGAAGGUAAUAUCGACAGUUUGCUAUGGCCUCGAGCGACCGCAGUCGCUGAAAGACUCUGGUCAGACGCCAUAGCCAAUUCUACCGCUAAUAAAUAUGUUUACAUGCGAUUAGACAGGCAAAGAUGGCGCAUGCUUUUACGUGGAAUACGAGCACAACCUAUUUGGCCUGCUUGGUGCAGUUUUAAUCCAAGCACUUGUUUGGCUAAAAUACGCAAAUAAUGUUA